AUGCGCCAUCCGAUGGUGUUGAAUUUCAUCAACGAGCGCCUUCUUGAUUGUGCUUUCUUCUACACUCUCCAUGUCUUAGCUUUUGGAAUAUUUCUGUUAUUGCUGUCGUCGCAUAUUUUUUCUAGCACACUUGCUAAGGAUAUAGCUGUCACAGCCUUCAUAGCGUUAUUUCUUUUCUUUAUGAAAAGAGACAACAAAUGGGGUGUGAUGCGCCAUCCGAUGGUGUUGAAUUUCAUCAACGAGCGCCUUCUUGAUUGUGCUUUCUUCUACACUCUCCAUGUCUUAGCUUUUGGAAUAUUUCUGUUAUUGCUGUCGUCGCAUAUUUUUUCUAGCACACUUGCUAAGGAUAUAGCUGUCACAGCCUUCAUAGCGUUAUUUCUUUUCUUUAUGCUUCUUAAAGGAGCUAUUAAAGCACGCAUCUCACAUUCGAUCUCAUUCUGGUUCGUAAUAGCUUAUGCUUUUAACUUGGCCACCUACCUGGCUACUUUCCUCUAUGUUUGGCUGCCGACGUUUUUUAGUUAUGAUGAUUAUCACGAGGAACUUAAGAAAGUUAUCCUAUGGUUUCUGCCAAUUGUGGCAAUCAUUUCCGCAUGGGUAAAUUUCCUCUACAUCCUAAGGAAAUCCCCUUACGGCAUCUACAUAUUUAUGAUGGUCCGUAUAUUACGCUCGUUUGGACACGAUGAUAACGCUACGGUACUGGAGAAGCUAUUCAUCAUACUACAAGCGAUCACUAAAACAUCCACCAUGAUGAUCGGUGAAGUGGACGCAAAUGACAUUCUUGAUCACUACAUUUUGUUGGAAGUAAGCGAUCUGGCUAAGGACUGA